GUCUAAUCUCUACUAUCCACACCUGCGAUCCGUUACAACAAAGAACGGCUGUGCCCGGCUGUUCGUACCUGAUCUUCAACGCCAUAGGUUGUUGUCUAGCAACAAGGACGAAAUGGCUUCUCAGGAUGACCUGGCCAAGGGUCUAACGGGAGAGCUUUUUGAAGUUUCAUUAGACGAAGGCAUCAUUCGAGAGAGAAACGACCCCCUCGAUGAAGUUCAGCGCAGUGUAAUCACUGAUCGGGGCACUACCAGCCCCUACAAAGUCCAGGCGUUGCUUAGUGCUUGUAUCCAUGGAACGCUGGACUCAGUGUCCAAGACCCCCGCCUCGCUGAUUAUUGUCGAUUACCAACUCGAAGCCUUGAACGAGGGUAGCAUGUUCACAAGUGCAACCACUAGCUAUACCUUUUCUGAAUAUACGGGAUCGCAUCAAGUUGGUGGCGAACCAGCUUCGUCCCCGGCUGUGCUCGCCUACGGCCCGUUUGAAUACAUGGCCGAGCUCCGUCAGUCGACGGCAAAUGAGCGUAACAAGAACAGCCAAGAGCUACAGAUCAAUCCCCAGGUAAAUGGUAUUAGUGCAGCAAACAUCACUUUCGGCCAUGAAAGCGAGUCUACCCACGAACAAAAGUACUUUGAACGGGGCAGAGCCGGGCGACACUUUAGCAAUGGCCGAGCGCAUACGGUGUGGUGGGAUCUCGUAUACAACAAGAGCCAGAAGCUUUCUAUCACACCAAAGUUUCGCGUCGCUAUGCUUGUUGAGCGCAAGAGCGAUUCCAAGUUUCAGGCCGUUUUCAGGAUUGCAGCCCAUGGCGGUUUCGGCGACAAGGUUCAGGAGCUCAAGAACCGUUGGUUGUAUAAGACAGCCAUUGAUGAUCCCAUCGUCUUCGACCCUGCCAAACCGGCCAUGGGAAACUUGCAGGGCGUAGAUCCUAUGAACUUGGGCUUACUUAGGAAGCGAGAGAGGCUUGAGGCUCUGGUGUCGGUGCCUAGACUAGACGCUAUCAUCCCCCCAGCUGCUCAAACGUAAGCGUCUGCUUCUACAUGAUCUCAUCGUCUACUUUCUUGGAUUUAUG